AUGGCGGCUAUUGACGAAGCGCUUGCUUUCCUGAAGUCCUCAGAAUCGCAGGAACUAGAUCUUGUUGCUUAUAUUCAUAAGCUUUCGUCACGUGGCAUCCCGCCUACGCUGUCUAUGAUCAAGAACUUCGCUCAGGAUAUGGCGAAAAUGAAGGUAGGAAAGAACUGGCCGUAUAGCUUCGUCAACCGCCAUCGUAACGAGCUUGGUUGUACCUGGUUCGAUGGAUUUGAUGUGGCGCGAAAGAGAGCCGACAGUGCUUCAAAGUAUAGAGAUUAUUUUGAGCUGGCAGCGAUUCGGAAGACUCCCCUAGCAUUGCAGCAACCUACCGCUCGAGAAUUACGACGGCUUGUCGACAAAGUGGUCGAUAAAUCCACCGCCAAUGCUGAAGUCAGUGCUCAGAAGCUGAAGAGCACUCUUGAAAGUCUUCAAUCCGAGGUUGAGCUGCUCAGAUAUGAGAACAAGGGACUCCGUGAGACUAUAAUUCAUGAGAAACAGCGCAGGCAGCGUGGUCUUCCGCCCGCAAAAAGUGGCUCAAGCUCGAGUGAAGAAAGCGGCUAUGGAGGUCCAGAAGAAAGAGGAAGCAAUCCAGAGGAAUUCCAGAGGGUUCAGCGACAGAAAAAGGCGGAGGAGCAAAAAGAGCAGGCGUUGGAAAGAAAGAAGCAGCGAGAGGAGAAAAGGGAGCGAAAAUUGCAGGAAAAAGAAGCCAAGAAGCAAGAGAAAGCGGCCAGUCGACAACUUCGAGACGAUCUCAAAGGUGUAAACCGGGAAAGUGCGCAACAGAAGCCGCGGCCCCAGCGGGUGCCUUCUAAAGCUCGAGAGAGAGUCCAGGGACUCUAG